CACACUCCCUCUUUCCUUCCACACACAACACAUCUUCUCUUGUUCUUCCUCUUGUGAGAAAACAAAACAUACUGAGAGACAAACAAGGUUUCUCUCUUUUGAGGAAAUUUCUUCACCAUGGAGGCACCAUCUCCGACCAAACCCAUUGACCCAACAAAGCCUUCCAUCACCACCCUCAGUGUGGAAGCCAGCCAGGCCGAGCCAAGCCCACUCAGAAAAAUGUUUGCUGUGGCGUCCAUAGCCGCGGGCAUACAGUUCGGGUGGGCUCUUCAGCUUUCUCUGCUGACCCCUUACGUUCAGCUCUUAGGAGUUCCACAUGCCGCAGCCUCCUUCAUCUGGCUCUGCGGCCCCAUCUCCGGACUUGUGGUGCAGCCCAUUGUGGGCUACUACAGCGACAGAAGCACUUCUCGCUUCGGUCGCAGACGCCCCUUUAUUCUCGGAGGUGCAGUGGCUGUCGCCAUAGCUGUAUUUCUUAUCGGUUAUGCAGCCGAUAUAGGGUACUCAGCUGGCGACGACAUAACCAAAAAAACCCGACCUCGGGCCGUUGGAGUGUUCGUCAUAGGAUUUUGGAUCCUAGAUGUUGCAAACAACAUGUUACAAGGUCCUUGCCGUGCCUUUCUAGCUGACUUAGCGGCAGGGGACCAGAGAAAAACCAGAAUAGCAAAUGGGUUUUUCUCGUUCUUCAUGGCCGUCGGCAACGUCUUGGGAUAUGCAGCGGGGUCUUUUAGUGCUCUGCACAAGAUUUUUCCCUUCACAGAGACUAAGGCGUGCGAUGUUUUCUGUGCCAAUCUGAAAAGUUGUUUCUUUUUCUCGAUCUUGUUACUGCUGUUCUUGGCCACGGUAGCUCUCAUUUACGUAAAGGACAAGCCCGUGCCGCCACGGGCGGUGCAAGAGGAUGCGCAGCCCUCGUGCUUCUUUCAGCUCUUCGGCGCGUUGAAGGAGCUGAAAAGACCCAUGUGGAUGCUCAUGUUGGUGACAGCUAUCAACUGGGUCGGGUGGUUCCCCUACUUCCUGUUCGACACCGACUGGAUGGGUCGCGAGGUGUACGGCGGAACGGUGGGCGAGGACGCGUACGCGAAGGGGGUGCGCGUGGGGUCUCUGGGACUCAUGAUAAACGCCGUCGUUUUGGGAUUCAUGUCGCUGGCGGUUGAACCAUUGGGGCGCAUGGUUGGGGGAGUGAAGAGGCUGUGGGGCAUCGUGAACUUCAUUCUCGCGAUUGGGUUCGGAAUGACCAUCGUUAUAACCAAGGUGGCGGAGCACGAGCGCCACUUGAACCCCGCCGCAGUGGGCCACCCCUCCAGCGGCGUCACAGUUGGGUCCAUGGUUUUCUUCGCCGUUCUCGGAGUUCCCCUUGCGAUUACUUUCAGUGUUCCUUUUGCUCUUGCAUCAAUAUACUCCAGUGCUUCGGGAGCAGGGCAAGGUUUAUCAUUGGGAGUCCUGAAUCUUGCAAUUGUGGUACCACAGAUGGUGGUGUCUGCAUUGAGUGGUCCUUGGGAUGCUUUGUUUGGUGGUGGCAACUUGCCGGCUUUCAUGGUAGGAGCGGCCGCGGCGGCGCUGAGCGCCAUAAUGGCGAUUGUGUUGCUGCCAACUCCAAAACCAGCUGAUGAGGCGAAGGCCGCAAGCAUGGUUGGAGGGGGCUUUCACUAGCUGAUAAAGUUUUUAACGUUUCAGUUUUGUCCCCUGCUUUUGUUAGGAAAAAAGAAGACCAAAAAGAAAGUAAUAAUAAUAAUAAGAAGAAAGAUAAAUUUGAGCUGGUGUGUAAUUAAUUAUGUAUUAGACCCACCAAGUGCUACUACAUUUGUUGUUUUUGUAGCAGCCACUGAACAUAGUAAUUGUAGAGUUUUGUGUGAUUGUACAGAAUUGCAGUGCUUGGAGAGGACCUUCCUAAUCUUAUAAACAUACUCUGCUAAGUUAAGUGUUCAGAGGAAUGUGGUGACUCAAGAGUCAAAGUCCAACACUUCAUAUCCAUCAAUAAUAUUAAUAAUAGCAAUAAGGAAAUGCAAUGCUCUCUUUCUUUCUUCUUC